AGUCGGCGCUGACGUGUGAUGCAGCCCCCUCGGGCUGCCAUUCAGGCGAUCGGCAGCCAAGCAGCAUGGAGCUCGCAACGCUGUGCGUUUUUGUCGCAUCUGUGAGAGUCGUUCCCAACAGGUCUCAGUUCUUUCAGUACGAGACCGUCUCUCUGGACUGCGGGGAGCCUGGUAACUCCUCCGAAUGGAGGGUAAAGAGGAAAACGUCCGCAGACAUAAAUAAAGAGUGUUCCAUAGCUUGGGGGAAAAGGAACGGGUCCCAGUGCCUCAUCGAUGACCUUUACCAAUCAGACAGUGGCGUGUACUGGUGCGAGUCGGGAGACGGAGAGUGCAGCGACGCCGUCAACAUCACUGUGACCGGUGGCUCUGUGAUCCUGGAGAGUCCUGUCGUUCCUGUGCGGGAGGGAGAUGCCGUGACUCUGCGCUGCACAAGCAGGGCGACGUCCUCCGCCAACCUCGCGGCGGACUUUUACAAGGACGGCCUCCUCAUCGGACGCAGCUCUACAGGAGACUUGACCCUCCGCAACGUUUGCGAGGCUGAUCAAGGUUUCUACAAGUGUAACAUCACCGGAGCUGGAGAAUCACCAGACAGCUGGCUGGCUGUCAGAGCUGAGCAGCCUGAAUCUGUUCGCUCAAGUCUUGCGAACAUUCUGCUUCCUGUGGUGGGCGCCUGUCUCUCGCUGGCCUCGCUGAUGCUGCUUUGCCUCUGGAGGAGCCACAAAGGUGAAAUCGACCCUGACGUGUCAUACGUUGAUGUCACCAUCCCACAGGAGGCGCGACCAAAGAGGGACACAGAAACGGACACCGAACCCACCCUCUACUCGACAAUCAAACCGGGGGCCACCUGAGACUUUGCGGAGCCAGGGUUGGAACCCGCGUGAAAGCGAGGAAGUAUCUCGGCGUCCUUCGACGGAAAGAAAAGCUCGUUUCAUUUCUCUUUGCCCACAGCUAAACUGAACCUCAUCCCCCGAACCGCGAGGGCAACGCGGUCUGGUGGUUGAGUGAAUAUGCCCACGUGCGAACAAAGGUAAAAACUAAACCAAACACGUGCCGACACGUUGUAGAAGCACGAGAUGAACUCGUGAAUCAGAGUUCAGUGUCUGUUUCUUCGACUGCGUCUUCUCUUCCUUUCUCCUCCACGCGCAACCUCAAAGUUUGACCUGGACAUUUUUGCGAAACUGCUUUUAUGCUGAGCUGAAGACUGAACGAGAAU